AUGGACGCAGCCGGCCAGAUUGAAACGUUCCCACCUCGUGCCUCAAACGCGCGCCAGCCGCUGCUGCUGCAGUCGCUGGAGGCGCUGCUGCUGGACGAGGUUGGCGCCGCGGUGCGCCUCGCUGGCGCGGGGCCGCACCGCACGCGCGACCCCCAAGGAGCAGCGAACCUGGCGCUACAGGCGCACAGCACGGCGGGGCUGGUGAUGCUUUGA